AUGAAUUCAAACAUGGAAAUACCGGCAGAAUUAAUUUCAUCACCUAGAAAAGGUGAUUUAAUAGCUAUGAUUGCUGCUAGAAGAAAAGACAGUGAGGAAAUUCCAUCAAUAAUCACCAGUGAGCCUCCAGAAAUCAUUUUUUCUGCCCCAAAUUUUCAUGGGCUUGAAGAUUCAUGCACAAAUGAUUCUGAUACUGAAGAAGAGCCACAAAAUAAAGAAAUCAUAGAAAGGAGCCCUUUUUUGAACAGAAUAAUGCAGUCUCCUAGAUACAACUUACUGCCUAUGAAAACUAGAAAAGCAAAGCGACUUACACUUGUGCUUGAUCUUGACGAAACAUUAGUGCAUAGUGAACUUUCUCCAAUAGAAAAUCCUGAUACUGUGCUCAAAGUAUCAUUUAAUGGAGAAAUUUGUAGCGUUUAUGUUAGGUUUCGGCCUGGGAUGUUUGAAUUUUUAAAUAAAGUUUCAAAGAAAUUUGAUUUGGUCGCUUUUACCGCUUCACAUGAAGCCUAUGCAAGUCAACUUUUAAAUGUGAUAGACCCUCAAAGGAAAAUGAUAAGAUACAGAUUUUACCGCUCUUCUUGUGUUGAAAUAAAAGGAAAUCUCAUAAAAGAUCUGAGGCUAUUUGGCAGAAGUCUAAGUGAAGUUAUAAUUGUUGAUAACACCAUUUCAGCUUUCUCGUUUCAGUUGGAAAACGGGAUCCCUAUUACAAGCUGGUUUUCUGACCCAAAUGAUAUUGAGCUUUACCAAGUUUCUGAUUUCCUUGAUUCCCUAUUAGAAGUUCCUGAUGUUCGUCCUGUUUUGAAGGCAGCUUUUAAUAUUUCUGCACAAUUUAUGUAA